CUACGCCCGCGAGAGCCCAAACGUUGGUGAUUUUCGAUUGGGAUGAUACUAUAUGUCCGACGACUUGGGCGAAGGUCAGCGGAUUGAAUGUUUGCGAUCCCUUCGUCCCGGAGCAGUUCAUCGACCCUCUCGCGGAGCUCGCAGAGCAAGCUGCGAAAAUGAUAAGAGUCGCCGCCUCUUUAGGUAAAGUGGUUAUUGUCACUAACGCACAG